AGCAAUAUUUUACCUGUAAAACCCUUAAACCUUGUUUCUCUCUGCAUCCCUAUUUCCGAGCUUCACACACAACAAUGGCAGCUUUCAAGCACCUCUUCUCUCAAACCCAACGCCACUACUUCUCCAAAACGCCGCCACAGCACAACCUCUCUUCCCUCAUUCUCCGCCGCCUCUUCUCCGCCGAACCCGACCCAGAUGCCAAUCCCAACUUCCGUAAACCCCUCCCCAUCCAACCCGUUUCCUACCCAACUAGAAAUCAACCCCCUCAAUCCCAAGAAACCCAGUCCCAGUCCCAAUCCCAACCCGAAUCUCCACCUGAACAAAUCUCACCUCAAGCUGACCCGGGUACCCGGACGUGGACCCGGGAUGAAAUGCGGUACAUCAAGGAUGCCCCGGUGAUUUCCCCGGUUUCUUAUCCGUCCAGGGUUGCCCCGCUUCCUGAGGACCGUGUGAAAGCAGAGGAGGAGGGUAGUAAAAAUGAGAGUGACGAACUGGAGACGGAGAGGAGGAGGAUUGAUGACGAGAGGUGGAAUGCAAUGAUGACGAGGAGAAGGGUAUUGGGCGAGGAACAGGAGGACGAUAAUGUUGCGUUCCCGACCCUGAUUAAGGUGGAGAAUGAUGAUAGUAAAAGUAAGAAGAAACGAAAGGUGAUUUAUGAUCUAAAGGAGGCUAUUCGCGCCGUUAAGGGUGAUAACAAGAGAAAUUUUGACGAAACUUUGGAAGCACAUGUAAAAAUGACCCCUGAAUUACGUCGAACUGAUCUGAAACUCAGUGGUUUUGUUCGUCUCCCGCAUGGGUUUGGAAAGACAUAUCGGGUGGCUGUCUUUGCUGAAGGAGCUGCUGCAGAUGAGGCCCGCGAUGCUGGAGCUGAUAUUGUUGGCGGCCCAGAGCUCGUGGAGAGUCUACGAAGUGGUGAAGUCAAGAUAAAUUUUGAUAAAUGUAUUGCUACCCCUUCCAUGAUGGAACAUGUGAAAAAGUUAUCAAAGAAUCUGAAGCAAUUGAUGCCAGAUGCCAAGAAAGGUACCGUGACCAAUGACAUAUCUAAGACAGUGAAAGAUGCAAAAGCACAAAGUGUUAUUUUUAAGAAAGACAAAACUGCAAUUGUGCAUGUAGGACUCGGGAAGGUUAGUUUUUCGGAGGAAGCUUUACGAGAAAAUGUAGGCGCUUUUGUGAAUGCUCUCUUGCUUGCAAAACCUGCCGGUCUGAAGAAGAGUUCCAAAUAUGCUGGGUAUGUCGACUCUUUCCAUAUUUGCAGUACGAUGGGUCGAUCCUUCCAUAUUUCAAUACAAUCAUUAUCGAUGGCUGCCGACCGCUACAACAGAUUACAGCUGCAAUAGUGUUCUAAUUUUGGAUUCAAUUGUUAACUGAAUCUUUUGUUGUACUUAGUUCGACUUCAGUCCUACAAUAAUGCAAGGAUUACCAUAGUUUACUUUGCCAGUUAAUUGAACAAAAUAAUUACCACUUCGUAGA